UCUCUCUGUCUCUCUGUCUCCCCUCGUCCCUCUCCCUCUCACAGGUAGAAAUCAUCCCCCACCCGUGGCUCUUUCCAUGCGUGGCAUGAUCUGUAUUUCCACAUUCCUGCCGGUGUCCCUGGUUCAUGGACAUCAGCGCAUCUUGGGUCACGGGUAUCCCUUGUUUCCUUGAAUAAAGCUCUCUCCUUUUCGCCCUUCCCACCCUCGAGUUCUUGAAGUUUCCGGGCGAAAGAUUCGAGCUUCGGGUGGUGGGUAGGCGGGCGGGCGGGCGAGCCAGCGAGAGAGGGUGGCGGAGAGUUCUUGCUGUAUGUCAGUAGAUUGCGUGGAGACUCUGUGCAACGGUGGUUUAGGAGCGAUUACCAACCCCCUACAAUGGCCUCAGCUCCGCAAAAAGCGACGCCUUCCUCUCGUUUCCUCCAAGACGUUCCCCCGGCCGUCUCCGGUUGGGCCGCGCCGCCGGGCGCCGAUCCCCGCGACGGUCAGCUCCCGAGGAAGGCUUCGGUGAUCCGGCCAGUAGAUUCGCUUCCCGAGCCUUCCGCUACUGCUCUGACAAAAGGUGUUGCAGUCAUGCAAAGGGCUCAGACUAGUCACCCUUUGGACCCUUUGUCUGCCGCUGAAAUUUCUGUUGCAGUGGCAACAGUUAGAGCUGCAGGAUCCACUCCUGAGAUCCGGGAUGGCAUGCGGUUUGUUGAAGUGGUUUUGUUGGAACCUGGUAAACAUGUUGUUGCAUUGGCGGAUGCCUACUUUUUCCCCCCAUUCCAACCUUCCUUACUUCCCAGAACCAAGAGCGGACCUGUACUUCCCGCCAAGCUCCCUCCAAGGCGAGCUAGGCUUAUCGUUUACAAUAAGAAGUCAAAUGAAACGAGUGUAUGGAUUGUGGAGCUAUCAGAAGUGCAUGCAGCAACUAGAGGUGGACAUCACCGAGGAAAAGUGAUCUCAUCAAAGAUUAUUCCUAAUGUUCAGCCUCCAAUGGACGCAAGUGAGUAUGCUGAAUGUGAAGCUGCUGUGAAGGAAUUUCCACAAUUUAGAGAGGCUAUGAAGAAAAGGGGUAUCGAGGACAUGGAUCUUGUUAUGGUUGACGCGUGGUGUGCUGGUUAUCAUAGUGAUGCCGAUGCUCCAAGUCGAAGGCUCGCCAAGCCUCUUAUUUUCUGUAGAACUGAGAGUGACUGCCCUAUGGAAAAUGGUUAUGCACGUCCAGUUGAGGGCAUUCACAUUCUAGUUGAUAUGCAGAACAUGGUGGUGAUUGAGUUCGAGGAUCGUAAACUUGUUCCCCUACCUCCAGCCGAUCCAUUAAGGAACUAUACUGCUGGCGAAACUAGAGGUGGUGUUGACCGGAGUGAUGUGAAGCCCUUACUAAUAGUUCAGCCUGAAGGUCCAAGUUUUCGUGUUAAUGGGCAUUAUGUAGCGUGGCAGAAGUGGAAUUUCCGCAUUGGCUUCACACCAAGGGAGGGCCUUGUUAUCCAUUCUGUUGCUUAUGUAGAUGGUAGUCGUGGUAGAAGACCUGUAGCUCAUAGGCUGAGCUUUGUGGAGAUGGUCGUGCCUUAUGGAGAUCCAAAUGACCCACACUACAGAAAAAACGCUUUCGAUGCAGGCGAAGAUGGCCUUGGGAAGAAUGCACAUUCUCUUAAGAAGGGAUGUGAUUGUUUAGGCUACAUUAAGUACUUUGAUGCUUAUUUGCCCAAUUUCACUGGAGGGGUCGACACUAUUGAAAAUUGUAUAUGUCUACAUGAAGAGGAUCACGGGAUCCUAUGGAAGCAUCAAGACUGGAGAACAGGAUUGGCAGAAGUUAGGAGGUCAAGAAGGCUAAGUGUAUCUUUCAUAUGUACUGUGGCGAAUUAUGAGUAUGGAUUCUUCUGGCACUUUUACCAAGAUGGAAAAAUUGAAGCUGAAGUUAAACUUACAGGAAUCCUCAGCUUGGGAGCUUUGCUACCUGGGGAGUCCCGAAAAUAUGGUACAAUGAUUGCACCUGGUCUUUAUGCACCAGUUCAUCAGCAUUUCUUUGUUGCACGUAUGGAUAUGGCUGUUGACUGCAAACCUGGAGAAUCAUUCAAUCAGGUUGUUGAGGUUGAUGUUAAGGUUGAAGAACCUGGGGAGAAAAAUGUUCAUAACAAUGCAUUCUUUGCUGAGGAGACACUACUUAGAUCCGAGUUGCAGGCAAUGCGUGAUUGCAAUCCUUUGACCGCACGCCAUUGGAUUGUAAGGAAUACUAGGACCGUAAAUAGAACUGGACAGCUAACGGGCUACAAGUUAGUGCCUGGUUCAAACUGUCUGCCACUAGCAGGUUCUGAGGCCAAGUUUUUGAGACGAGCUGCUUUUUUAAAGCAUAACCUUUGGGUUACGGCUUAUGCACCAGAUGAGAUGUUUCCAGGGGGAGAGUUCCCUAAUCAGAAUCCACGUGUUGGUGAAGGGCUGUCUACAUGGGUUAAGCGAAAUCGACCUCUGGAAGAGACUGAUGUGGUUCUUUGGUAUGUAUUUGGAAUCACCCAUGUUCCCCGCUUGGAAGACUGGCCUGUUAUGCCGGUGGAGCGCAUUGGUUUCAUGCUUAUGCCACACGGAUUCUUCAAUUGCUCGCCUGCAGUUGAUGUCCCUCCCAGUACCUGUGAUAUGGACGCCAAGGACAAUGAGGUCAAAGACAAUGGUGAAAAUAAACAAGUCCCUGGUGUAAUUCCUGCAAAGCUUUGAAGAAAAUUCAGCAGAGUGGUCUUCUCCCUUAGGCUGCGCCUACUUUUGUUGUCACUCUUUGAUCCAGCAGCAUUCCUGGUUCUGUCAAAGCAGGCUAAAGUAUUGCCCAUGACUGAGUCUUGUAGUUUUUGCUUUUCAAUGACAUGAGACAAGACUGUAAAUAUCAUUAAUAACGUCCAAUGUCCUAAAUAACUCUUUCAUGUGUUAGGAUGUUUCUUCCCUUUCAGACAUCUUUUGGUUAAUUGGUUCUGAUGAAUGAACAAUAUUGGGACUCUGCAGUUCUGGAAA